GCGGACAUCAGACGAUUCUUCUUAUUCGUUGUCCGGAGGAAUAGUGACUACAACGGCGAAAACUUAUGAUGCUCUCCGGUGUUCCAUAGCCUAGUCUCUGCUAUAUGGAACUGGGCUGCCCUCCUUGCCCCUGAGAGGUGGCCCAAGGGCCAAAGCAUACGAUGAAGUAAACGCCGGUCAUGUCGUGAGUUAUUAAAUCUAAGUCCAUCAGAGAACACUUAUUUACUUACAUCCUAUCCAAUUUUCCUCAAACAGAGAAAUAUCCCAACAUGAGCAAUCUCUACGACGUUAUCAUUGCGGGCGGAGGGCCAGUCGGGCUCUUUCUAGCCUGUGAGCUAGCGAUGGCAGAUGUGUCUGUCCUAGUGCUAGAGCGCGAACCCGAGCCCAACUCUCCCUCCAAGGUUGGACUAUCGGGCAUGCGAGCGUUGAACACAGCUUCUAUGGACGCUUUCUACCGACGCGGACUGCUGGACAAAGUCACACCUCCGAUCAAGCGACCGCUUAACUUCCAGGAGAAGCCCGGAUUCCAAUUCGCUGGCCAGUUUGCUGGCAUAUGGCUAAACGCCAAUAGACUCGACCUAAAGCGGUUCAAAUACCGCAUCCCAGGACCGUCACUCGAUAUCAGUCUCAACCCGGUGUCGAUAGCCGGGAUCGAGGCUGUGCUAGCGCCGCGGGCCGAGAGCCUAGGGGCCACUAUACUUAGAGGGAAGAACGUCACGGGAGUCUCUCAAGACGAGGAUGCCGUCACGGUAGAAGUAGGAGAUGAGGAAUUCCACGCGAAAUGGCUCGUUGGAUGCGACGGGGGGCGAAGCACGGUACGAAAGGCCGCGGGCUUCGAGUUCGUCGGGACAGAACCGACAUUUACCGGGUACGCUGUUCAAGCCGACAUAGACCAGCCCGACAAGUUGAAGAUAGGCUUCCACCCGACCGAAGACGGCAUGUACGUUAUGAUGAGGGCGGGGAACUUCCACCUGCUAGACUUCGACGGCGGCUUCUUCGACCGCACGCAAAACGUCACGGCGGCGCACAUCCAGGACGUCCUCGGCCGCGUAACCGGCACAGACGUCAAGAUCACAAAGCUCCACCACGCCUCCUCCUUUACCGACCGAUGCAAGCAGGCGGCGAGAUACCGCAACGGCCGCGUCCUCCUAGCCGGCGAUGCCGCGCACAUCCACUCGCCGCUGGGCGGGCAGGGCCUGAAUCUGGGCCUGGGGGACGCCGUCAACCUCGGCUGGAAGCUAGCUGCGACGGUCCGGGAUUCGAGGACCCGGUAUGGACCGGUGGUGGAUCUCAGCCUCCUCGAUACGUACGAGCAGGAGCGACGUCCGUUCGCGGCCUGGGUGCUGGAGUGGACGCGCACGCAGGUGACGGUGCUGAAGCCCGGCCCGCACGGCGCUGCGCUUCGCCAGCUCAUGAGCGAUUUGGUCGAUACGGACGACGGGCAUAACUUGUUCCUCGGGCGGAUCUGGGGCUUGUCUCAGCGGCAUGAUCUCGGCGAUGCGCACCCUCUAGUCGGUGCCAGCGCUCCGGAUUUCGAGUUUAGCGAUGGGUCGAGGCUAGGUCCUAAGUUAGAGGGAGCGCGGGGCCUUCUCGUCGACUUUAGCGAUGGUGCGGCUCUCGAGAAGCUGGCUGAGGGGUAUAAAGCUCGAGUUGAUUAUGUUGGUGGUGUCGGUGCUAGGGACCAGCUUGGCCUAAGUGCUUUGUUGGUUCGACCCGAUGGUAUUGUUGCUUGGGUGGCCGAGGGGAGUCUCGAUAUUGAAGGGGCUAAGGCUGCUUUAAUGCGUUGGUUCUGAUUUGGUUCGUAAAGGGGGGAGUCAUGGAGAGAUUUCAUGUAGUAUUGGUAAUAAGCUCUGAUUUUCUUCAUUAUACCUAGGUACCUAGGUAGUCAGGUAGUCAGGUACCUAGGGAAGCAUGUAAACCAAUAACUUAUCCAAGUCUCUAGAGCCGUAGGCAAUAUAACUAAGAUCUAUCAAUUAA